UUGUGGGAAGGAAAGUGGAGCUGACGGCCGCUGAUGGCAGACUGCUCAAUUUGACGAAUAUCUUCGAUAACUGAGCAGCGUUAGGAGACAGCUAUACAGGGGAACGAUGCUGUUUCACGGAGCUAGUGUCCACGGGCUGUGAAGAAGAAGAACAUAUGCCGGUGUCAUCGCUGCUCUCCUGCGCAGGGGCGCUCGAAGCACAGAAGUGGGAUACUGUGUCAAUGGACCGCGGCGUUUUUAUUUUCUUUCCCAAGGCAGCCGAAUAAAGUAGCGACGGAUUAUAUCCCCGCUGUGGAUGGGUGGGGGGCGACUGCGCUCCCGCAUUCCUUAUCGUGUGAAGUUUCGUGAGAUAUCUGUCGAAGACGCCGUCAAAGAUGUCGACCAGCAGUCCCGAAGCGGUGAAGAAAUUGCUGGAGAACAUGCAGACGGACCUGCGGUCCCUGUCCAUGGAGUGCAAGAAGAAAUUCCCUCCUGUCAAAGAGGCCGCAGAGUCUGGCAUUGUGAAGAUUAAGACCAUUGCAGCCAGGAAUACAGACAUACUGGCAGCUCUGAAGGAGAACAGCUCAGAGGUCGUGCAGCCUUUUCUGAUGGGCUGUGGCACCAAAGAGCCAAAGAUCACCCAGCUGUGUCUGGCUGCCAUCCAGAGACUCAUGUCCCAUGAGGUGGUAUCUGAGGCAGCUGCGGGGAACAUCAUCAACAUGUUGUGGCAGCUGAUGGAGAACGGUUUGGAGGAGCUGAAACUUCUACAGACUGUCCUGGUGCUGCUAACCACCAACACCGUCGUACACGAUGAAGUACUUUCCAAGGCCAUCGUGCUGUGUUUCCGUCUUCACUUCACCAAGGACAACAUCACCAACAACACAGCAGCCGCCACCGUCAGACAGGUCGUCACUGUGGUCUUUGAGAGGAUGGUGGCCGAGGACGAGCGUUUCAAAGGCAUUGUAGAGCAGCCUCCUCCUGUCCAGGGAAACACCAACAGACGGUCUGUUAGUACGCUGAGGCCCAGUGCUAAAGAUGCAUACAUGCUGUUCCAGGACUUGUGUCAGCUUGUGAAUGCUGAUGCCCCCUACUGGCUGGUGGGGAUGACAGAGAUGACUCGGACGUUUGGCCUGGAGCUGCUGGAGUCUGUUCUGAAUGAUUUUCCUGGGGUAUUUCUACAGCACCAAGAGUUCAGCUUCCUGCUGAAGGAGCGCGUGUGUCCCCUCGUCAUCAAGCUCUUCUCCCCCAACAUUAAGUUCCGGCAGGGCAGCAGCAGCGCCGCCUCACCGGCACCUGUGGAGAAGCCUUACUUCCCCAUCUGCAUGAGGCUGCUGCGCGUGGUCUCAGUCCUCAUCAAGCACUUCUACAGCUUACUGGUGACCGAGUGUGAGAUCUUCCUGUCUCUGCUGGUGAAGUUCCUGGAUGGGGAGAAGCCACAGUGGCUGAGAGCAGUGGCUGUGGAAUCAGUCCAUAGGCUAUGUGUGCAACCACAUUUAUUACGUUCGUUCUGCCAGUCAUACGACAUGAAGCAACACUCCACGAAGGUAUUCAGAGACAUUGUCAACGCUCUGGGAUCCUUCAUCCAGUCACUCUUCAUCGUCCCCAGUGUGGGCAACGCUGCUGCCGUAAAUGCACCUGCUGGUGGCUCAGGUUCAGGAGCCCAGGGCACAGCGCAGGGCGGCCCAGGGACAGGAGGGGUCAGCGGCAGCCUGACUACCCAGGCUGCAUUUGAAUACCGUGGUACCUGGAUCCCUCUUAUGACUGUUAGUGUCCAGGGCAGCGCCAAGGCCACCUAUCUGGAGAUGCUGGACAAGGUGGAGCCCCCGUCCAUCCCGGAGGGCUACGCCAUGUCUGUGGCCUUCAGUGCCCUUCUGGACCUGGUGCGGGGCAUCACCUCUAUGAUCGAAAGAGAGCUGGCCGUGGAGGAGGAGGCAGCUGCUGAGUUCAGGGAGACUUAUCCUGAUCAGGAGUGGCAGCCACAACCUGGUGCCCACCUGGUGUGGGAGGAGAUGGUCAGUGCCUGCUGGUGUGGUCUACUGGCUGCUCUGUCUCUGCUGCUAGACGCCAGCACCGACGAGACAGCCACAGAGAACAUCCUAAAGGCAGAGCUGACCAUGGCCUCGCUGUGUGGUCGUCUGGGCCUGGUGACGCCCCGUGACGCCUUCAUCACAGCCAUCUGCAAAGCCUCUCUGCCGCCACAUUAUGCUCUGACUGUUCUGAGCAGCAACGCCGCAAACCUCUCCAGCAAAGCCUACUCAAUCCAAGGCCAGAGUGUACAGAUUAUCAGCCCCUCCAGUGAAUCUCAUCAGCAGGUGGUGGCUGUGGGGCAGCCACUCACCGCUCAGCCCCAGGGCACUGUGGUGCUAACUGCCAAGAACAUCCAGUGCAUGCGGACAUUGUUGAACCUGGCCCACUGCCACGGCGCCGUGCUGGGCACCUCCUGGCAGCUGGUACUGGCUACGCUGCAGCACUUAGUGUGGAUCCUGGGGCUGAAACCGGGUGUGGGUGGUGCCCUCAAGCCUGGUCGAGCUGUGGAGGGCCCAAGUACAGUGCUGACCACAGCUGUGAUGACAGACCUGCCCGUCAUCUCCAACAUCCUGUCCAGACUAUUUGAGAGCUCCCAGUACCUGGAUGAUGUGUCCCUGCAUCACCUGAUCAACGCUCUCUGCUCCCUCUCCCUGGAAGCCAUGGAAAUGGCUUAUGGAAACAACAAGGAGCCAUCUCUGUUCGCUGUUGCCAAGCUGCUGGAGACCGGCCUUGUCAACAUGGACCGUAUAGAGAUCCUGUGGAGACCUCUAACCGGCCACUUAUUGGAGAAGGUCUGCCAGCACCCGAACUCUAGGAUGAGGGAGUGGGGGGCUGAGGCGUUGACGGCGCUUAUCAAGGCUGGACUGGCCUACAAGCAUGACCCUCCUCUGGCCCAGAAUCAGCGGCUGCAGCUUCUGUUGCUGAACCCCCUGAAGGAGCUGUCGAACGUGCUGCACGCAGACAUCAGGCAGAAACAGCUGGAGAGCGUCCUGCAGAUCCUGCAGAGCCAGGGAGACAGCCUGGGGCCCGGCUGGCCCCUCGUCCUGGGUGUCAUAGGAGCCAUCCGCAAUGAUCAAGGCGAGUCAUUGAUCCGAACAGCCUUCCAGUGCCUGCAGUUGGUGGUGACUGACUUCCUGCCCACCAUGCCUUGCACGUGCCUCCAGAUCGUAGUGGAUGUAGCCGGCAGCUUCGGCCUGCAGAACCAAGAGCUCAACAUCAGCCUCACCUCCAUUGGCCUAUUGUGGAACAUUUCGGACUACUUUUUCCAAAGAGGCGAAGCCAUCACACAGGAGCUGGAGAGGGAGGAGGAGGCUCUGCAGAAGCAGGCACAGGAGAGAGGAGAGACCCUGAACAGGCCAUUCCACCCUGCCCCUCCCUUCGAUUGCCUGUGGCUGUGCCUGUACGCCAAGCUGGGCGAACUGUGUGUCGACCCACGGCCUGCUGUGCGCAAAAGCGCCGGGCAAACGUUGUUCUCCACCAUCGCUGCCCACGGGACGCUGCUGCAGCAGCCAACAUGGCAUAUUGUGGUCUGGAAGGUACUGUUCCACCUGCUAGACUGUGUGAGGACAUCGUCCACCACAGCAGACAAGGAGAAGAUUGAGUCUGGUGGUGGGAACAUCCUCAUUCACCACUCCCGCGACACAGCUGAAAAACAGUGGGCGGAGACGUGGGUGCUGACGCUGGCAGGGGUGGCACGCAUUUUCAAUACGAGGCGGUAUCUCCUGCAGCAGUUAGGUAAGCCUGGCGCAAUCUGCUCUGAUACUGCCAUCUGUGUGGGCCCGGAGAACCUGCAGGUCAUGUACCCAGCCAUCUUUGAACAGCUGCUACUCUUCGUGGAGUUCUCCUGCAAGCCUCCUCAGUACGGCAGGAUGGAAACCAAACACGUGGCCAAUGCCAAAUACAACCAGAUCCAGCUCUUUGCACCGGCAGAAUGGGUUGCCUUAAACUAUGUGCCCUUUGCUGAGCGCUCCUUGGAGGUGGUGGUGGACCUGUACCAUAAAACAGCGUGCCACAAAGCUGUCAUCAAUGAGAAGGUUCUGCAGAACAUCAUUAAGACUUUAAGAAUGCCCUUGGGUUUGAAGUAUGCCUGUCCAUCAGAGAGCACCUGGAAGCUUGCUGUGUCAUCUCUGCUCAAGGUGCUGUCUAUUGGACUGCCGGUGGCACGCCAGCACGCCUCAUCAGGAAAGUUCGACACCAUGUGGCCAGAGUUAGCCAAUGCCUUUGAAGACUUUCUUUUUACCAAAAGCACACCUCCAGAUAACUUGUCCAUCCAGGAAUUUCAGAAGAAUGAAGCGAUUGAUGUCGAGGUGGUCCAGCUGAUCAGCACAGAAAUUUUACCGUUUGCCAAUUUCAUCCCCAAAGACUUUGUUGGCCAGAUCAUGACUAUGCUCAAUAGAGGCUCCAUUCACUCUCAGUCUCCCUCAUUUACAGAGGCAGAGAUCGAUGUGCGGAUGAGGGAGGAGUUUUCUAAGGUGUGUUUUGAGACGCUGCUGCAGUUUUCCUUCAGCAACAAGGUGUCCACCCCGCAGGAGGGCUACAUCUCCCGCAUGGCGCUCUCUGUGCUGCUCAAGAGAUCCCAGGAUGUUCUCCGACGCUACGUAGAGGAUGAGAGGUUGAGUGGACGCUGCCCCCUGCCCAGGCAACAAGUGACAGAGAUUAUCUUUGUUUUGAAAGCUAUCAGCACUUUGAUGGACUCACUUAAAAAGACACAGCCAGAAAAUGUGGACGGCAACACAUGGGCUCAAGUGAUUGCCCUGUACCCCACACUGGUAGAGUGCAUUACAUGCUCCUCAUCUGAGGUGAGCUCAGCCCUGAAGGAGGCCCUGGGGCCCUUUAAAGACUUUAUGCAGCCACCCGUCUCCAGAGUCCAGAACGGAGAGUCCUGACCAGGCUCGCUCUCGUUUGUUUUUUAUAAUGAAGAAAUCUUGAAUGUGUCUUCUUGACCCACGUGCUUCACAAGCGCACGGACGUGUACUCCACGUGAACCCCAUCUACGGUGACAUGAAGCAACCCACGGUAAGCAGGGGACCGCUCGGACCACGCUGAUGACCCCGACCUUCAUAUGCAUCAUCGUAUGCUUCUCAUGUGAGCUGAUUACGCCUCUGCCCCCUCCAUUCUCAUAAAGACUGGCUGCACUCUUGUGUUAACUACAGAGAUUUAAAAAAAAAAAUUGCAGUGUUGCCUCUGAAUUUAGUUUGUUUUAUUCUCCGAUGAGGCCGAGUCGAUGUACAGUGUGUGGUGAUAGUGUUGAUGAUGUAAUUAACGAAAAAAAACAAAAAACAAAUGCAAAAACCGGGGCUUUAUUGAUCUUAAGAAUGAACACUUAGAUUUUUGCAACAUUUUCAACAGUGAGGAUUUUAUGCAAGAAAACAAAUCUUACUGUAACAUUCCAUGUCAUCUUUAGCCAGCCAUCUGAGAAGGGAUGUACUUGUCUGUAUAAAAUAAAUGGGACAAUUCUACAAUCA